AUGCAUUUGCUGCGACGUGUGGGAGCUCAAUGUAGUGCCCGAAGGGGUUCAAUUAACUUGGCAGUAUCUCUACAAUUAUAUCCUUCAUCUGUAUCCAAUUUAUUGUCGUUCUACGAGCAAAAUUCGCAGCGCAAAGGCUUCGCAACGUCGUCUCAGACAGCUCUAGAAGGUCUCAAUGUAAACAAAUUAGACUUGCCACCAGUUCCAACGGCUGACGAGGUGGAUGCUACCAUAGCAGCUGCAGAAGAACAAGCACGGAAACGACAGAUGGCUAAAAGGGUUCAGCAUAUGCCUAUUCGAGCUGUCCAUAUUGCUCGAAAGAUGGACAUUGCUAAUCUCUUUGAGAAGCUCUACACAGACAGAUUCAAAGUCACUCACUACCUGCACAAGGACUCCAUUGUAUUAAGACUCAGUGGUAGAAAGAACAAUGGUCAUGACGGACUCGUCACGGGUGUAGCACCGCCAAUAUUAAAAGGUUCUUGCAUUAGUAACAAUGUUGACGCUGUCUCGACGUUGAGCAUCGGAUCUGGAGGCAAGACUGUCACAUCUCGACGUGGUAUUGAUAAGUGGGUAGUAUACUUUGACUAUGGAGCUGUAGUAUUUUUCAAUUGUGAUCAGGCGCUGGUAAACACGCUGAUUAAGCACGCCACACGCUUCUGUAGCGAUGUGUUUGAGUUACGUGGACACGAGGAAGAAUUGCUGCUGGUUGGCGACCCGGCGCAAAAGAAAUGGAGCGCACUGGUGGAGAACAAUGUGUUGGUGCGUGAGAUCGACCAUAUUAACGUACACGUGAUUGCUGGUGUGCUCUCACAGACGGUCGCUCUUGAGUUUUAUGAGCGUCAGUGCGAGACGAUUUUGUGCGAGUUUGAAAAGCUCAACACGGAUGUGGAGAAGAAGGGCCCCCGAGGUGCACUGUUUGGUCGUGAAAAUGAACAGACAAAACGGUUAUUUAAGAUUGUGGCGUCAAACAACACAUUGCUGAUCGAUCUGGUGAGCAAGUUGCGUGUGAUCGACCGAAAAAGACCCGGCGACCCGGCCUGGAGUCAAACAAGAUAUCACAACAUGUGGGAGUCACUGCUCGAAGAAUUCGAGCUAAACGAGCGUUUCCAGAACCUCAAUUUUAAACUGGAAUUGAUUCAGCACAAUACCAAGUUUUUCUUGGAGGUGUUGGAUUCCCAUAAGGGCGAACGACUCGAGUGGUACAUCAUCAUCCUCAUUUCUGUAGAGCUGGGAAUUGGGGUUUAUGAGCUUCUAAUGAAGCUGGCUUGA